AUGUUAAACAUGCUCAAGGGUUUUGAUGCUCAAGCAGCAUCAACCCAUAUCAACCCGUAUGCCGUGGAUGUGAUCCGGGCAAAGAGAAAGGAUCUGGUUUAUGGUAUCUCACAUACCGAGGAUCUACUCGAUCUACUCGUCAUAGAGGGAGUCAUUACAGCAGCUAAGAGAUCCAUUGUUCUGACCAUCAGGACUCGGAGGGAACAGAACUCCAGGGUCCUGGACAUCCUGGAGACCAGAGGUGAGAGGGCAUGUAGGAAGUUUUUCCAUCCCUGUCUCAUGCUGACAGAGCCCGACCUUUAUCAGCAAAUCCGGGCCUACGUGGGGAGCGUGAGCGAACACAUUAGAGACACAAGGAGACAGCUGAUUGGAUAUUUGCUGGAGAAGGAAAAGGAGGGAAUGGCAGGUAAAGUCACUAUGACUAAUAAGAAGAAGACUCGUGGUUUACUUGCCUCGGAGAAAUCUCAAAGAUUUAGCCCUGUGAUAGAAGACAGCAGCCCGGUGCCAAUUGAAAAACUAGAGGAUAAAACAACACCAGAUAAACCAGAAAACCUUGUUCACAUGAUCGCUGCAGAAGGUGAGCUGGUACGCCUGGAAGAGCUGUUAAAGGACACUGAUAUCAACUCUGUUAAUUCUUCCAAUGAGACUCUAUUGCAUGUAGCUGCUAAUCACUGUCACCUUUCCAUCACUGAGCGCUUGAUCCGUGAAGGAGCCAGAUUGGACCUGCAGGAUAAUCAUGGUCACACAGCUCUUCACAGCGCAGCCAGCAGGGGUCACAACGAGAUAGUCAGGGCCCUGUUAAAGGCCGGGGCCCCCAUCUACUCUUUGGAUCUCAAUGAUAAAACCCCCCUUCACUUGGCAGCAGAGAAUGAGCAUGUGGAUGUUGUGACGGUGCUGGUGAAGGAGGAGGCCAGACAGAGCGAGAGCCAAUCGCAGGACAUGUUUCUCCAUAUGGCGGCCAUUCAAGACGACUGGAGACUGGCUGAGCUGCUGCUGCAGCGGGGGGCCGCUGUCGAGGCCAAAAACAACCACGGAAAAACCCCUCUGUUUUAUGCAGUUGCCAGGAGCAAUGAGAAAACUGUGACUGUGCUUCUGAAUGCAGGUGCUGAAGUUGACGACAAUGUUAUAAAUGAAGCCAUUGAACACAAUCAGGAUUCAGUUAUACACCUGCUGCUCUCUAAUGCCAGAGGAACUCUGAGUGAAGAAGUGCUGGGCUCGGCUCUCUUCUCCACUGUUACACAGAACCAGCCUGGAACAGUGACUGCUCUGAUUGACGGCGGAGCAGAUGUGAACAUGUGUGACACACAGGGAUACACUCCUCUCCUGCUGGCUGCUGAGCUGGGACACUGUGAAGUCUUCAGAGUGCUUCUAGCAAAACAGGCCAAAAUCGAUGCUGCUUUAUGCGACGGCUCCUCAGCCUUGCACCUGGCUGUUCACAGUGGCAGUGUGCCCAUAGUUCAGACAUUGCUGGAAAAGGGAUUGGACCCCAACAUUACUGGACCCCAAGACCAACACCCUCUACACCUGGCAGCUCUGUCUGAUCGAUCAGACUUGGUGGCUCUGUUGAUCAAAGCUGGAUCACAGGUAAAUGCAGUAUCCCAGGAUGGACUGACUGCUCUUCAUUUAGCUGGUCAGCAGGGCCAUGCAGACACAGUGAUCCAGCUUCUCCAGAAUAAGGCAGAUCCAGAAGUGAGAGAUAAGCUGGGCAGGACCGCCCUGCACUGGGCAGCCUCUUCCCAAACAGAGUGCAGGGUGGUGGACUUGAUUUUGUCAGCCACAGCCAACACAAGCACCACUGACAACGAGAAGAAAACUGCCCUCCACCUAGCUGCUAUGGAGGGGAGGUUAAACGCUGUCUUUUCACUGUUGCACCACAAGGCUAAUGGAGGUGCCAAAGACAUGGAUGGCUCCACACCUCUGCACUACGCAGCGGCUGGUGGUCAUACCAGUGUGGUUUCAGCUCUUCUACAGUCACUGAGCAACAAGGGGAUAGAGGAGAGGAAUGCAUGGAGGAGAACACCGCUUCAUGCGGCAGCCGAGAAAGGCCACGACAGUGUGGCAGUGCUGCUGCUGGAGGCCGGAGCCAAGAUCAACGCUACAGAUCACAGCAAAGACACUCCUCUGCACUGUGCUGUCCGAGGUGGACACCAGGAGGUGGUGAAGAGGCUUGUAAACUGGGGCCAAGCCGCACAGAGCAGGGGAUGGAAGAAGGUGAAUCUUCAGGCUCAAAAUAAAGUGAGGAAGACGCCGCUGCAGGUGGCAGAGAGUGGAGGCACACCGGAACAUGAGAGCAUUGCAACUUUACUCAAGAGAAAGAUGUUUCUCAUCAAGUAG